AUGGCGUUUGAGGAUUCAAAUGAAGAUCAGUCGCAUACACAGAACAACAUGAAUCAAGGAGGUAACAAUAACAAUCUUGAUCCUUAUUUCAUUGCAAACUCAGACAAUCCUACUUCUGCAUUGGUGGAUGUAGUAUUUUCUGGUACUAAUUUCAUGCGCUGGAGUAGAAAUAUCAAGCGAGCUUUAAUUGCUAAAAAUAAAGAAGGAUUUAUCAAUGGUGACAUAACUAAACCUGCAACAAAUCAUAAGGAUUACUUGAAAUGGAAGCGUGCUGAUUUUAUGGUAAUUAGCUGGAUUUUGAGUUCAAUGAAUCAUGAUCUAGCUGAUGAUUUUGGUUACAUUGAAACUGUUGAGGAAUUGUGGAAGGAAUUAACUGAAAGAUUUGGUCAAUCCAAUGGACCUCUAAUCUAUCAGUUGAAAAAGGAAAUUGAGAACCUGAAUCAGCAGAACAUGACUAUUGUCAAUUACUAUGGAAAGCUGAAGAAACUUUGGGAUGAAAUGCAGAAUUUAAGAGCAUUUCCUACCUGCUCUUGUGGUGCUAUGUUGCAGUGCAGCUGUAACUUCAUGAAGAAGGUUGCAGAAUUUGAAGAAGAAGACAAGAUGAUGAAAUUUCUGCUUGGUUUGAAUGGUGGUUUUGAAAACACUGUGACUAAUGUUUUAGCAAUGGAUCCUUUACCAAAUAUAAAUCGAGUAUUCUCCAUCACUCAGCAGAUUGAGAAACAGAAGGAAGUAAGUAAUGCUGCAAUAGAAUGCAAUGCCAUGAAUAGCAGUGCUAUGGCUGCACAGGCUUACAGAGGUGUUGGAUUUACUCAAGGAAAGAAAGAUUGGAGAGAUCUGAAAAAGGAAAAGCUCCACAAACAAUGCACUCAUUGCAAAGGGAAGGGUCAUACAGUUGACCAAUGUUUCAAGAUCAUUGGUUAUCCUGACUGGUAUAACACGAUCAAAGCUUCAAAAGGAAGUAAUCCACAGGGAAGCAGAAUUGCUGCUAAUGCUCAUACUAAUGCUGAAUUUGAUAGUCCUCUGGAUGAUGCUGAUAAUGACACUGGAACUGUAAGCAAUGAGAUGCUAAAUGCAAUCUGUCAAGAAGUGAUGAAAGCUAUGAAAGGCAAGCAGCUACAGAACAAUACUGGUACUGGAAACAGCUGUUCCUAUGCAAAUUAUGCAGGUACAAUUUCCCAUUCCCUUAAUUGUUCUGUGAAUAAGCUACUUGAUGAAUGCCUGUGGAUUGUGGAUUCUGGUGCUUGUGAUCAUAUGACUUACAAUGAAAACAUGUUGACAAACAUAAAAACUCUAAAUAAUCCUAUUAAGGUAGGACUACCAGAUGGAUCUCAAUUAACUGUAGAAAUCAUGGGUGAUGUUGUGUUAAGUGAUGAUCUGAUUCUGCAUAAUGUGUUGCUGGUUAAAGAUUUUAAACACAACUUGUUAUCUGUUGGAAGACUGAUAGAACAUAAUGGUUUUCAAGUUGAAUUCACCACUGCUUGA